GCCAUGGGGGGAUUGGGGGCCCGGGGGUGAGGAAUCAUGGGGGCCGGGGGAGAAGGAAACAAUGGGGUGAGGGAGGCAAUGGGGGGACUGGGGAUGAGGAAGCAAUGAGGUGGGGGAGGCCAUGGGGGGAUUGGGGGCCAGGGGAGGAGGAAGCAAUGGGGUGGGGGAGGCAAUGGGGGAUUCAGGAACUGGGGUGCGAUGGGGUCAGGCUCACAGGAUCUGGGGACACAUGGUAAGCCCUGACCCCCUCCCCACAGGCAAGGCAGUGCAGGGAGCAGCCAACAGACACAGGGGACUGCCCACAGCUUGAACCCAUGCCAGGGUGUGGGGCACAGACAGCCGGACAGAGCCCAAGCCCUGGACUGAUGCCGGGGGAGGAGCGAGGCCCGGUCUGCUCCGAGGGAGGACCAGGAUGCCCAGGCGCUGCCAGCUGGCCACCCUCUGUGACCAAGUUCCCCCGCUCCAUGGCACCACUGCCCCCUGCCAGCAAGCCACAUGCCUGCAUGUCAGCGGUGGUGAUCGUCUCCACCAUGGUGGCGGUGGAUGUGUACCUGAUGGAGCUGAGCGCUGAAGUGCAGCGGGCCAGCGUGCUGGCCCUGGCGCUGGCAGGUGAUCUGUGCUUCCUCUUGGUGCUGCGCUAUGUGGGGGCAUGGGCGGGUGCCGAGCCCCGGACCCCGCGGCAUGGCUACACCAUGGCACUCUGGUUCCUCUUUGUCUUCACCCUGGAGAUCAAGCUAUACUUCAUCUACCAGGGGUACCGGGGCGAUCGGCGCACCCCUGACCUGCUGGCCCGCCGUACCCUGACCCUGCUGCUCUCCAUCUGCAUCCCCUCCCUCUACGUGGUCCUGGUGGCCACCGAGCACUUGGAGCAUGUGGCCGCCUUCCGGCGCAAGGAGGAUCUGCGCAGCCGGCUCCUCUGGGUGGUGGUGGACCUGCUGGACCUACUGGAGAUGCAGGCCAGCCUGUGGGAGCCUCAGCGGCAGAGGCUGCCGCUAUGGGCCGAGGGCCUGACUUUCUUCUACUGCUACAGCCUGCUGCUGGUGCUGCCCUGCGUGGCACUGGGCGAGAUGGGCCUGCCCGCCCCACCCCACCUCCCACUUUACCCGCUGCUCAGCCUGCUGGCCGUCAACCUGACCACACUGGCCAUCCGGGCUGCUGACCUGCUGCUCUACCGCGAUCAGCGGGUCUCUGCCAUCUUCAUGGCCAAGAACCUACUGGCCAUUGUGCUCAAGGGGUGCACGGCACUGCAGUACCACAGAGCCGGGGCCACCGGGCUCAGGGAGCUUCCCCCUGGGGACAUGCCAUGUCACACACCCCGGUGUGGAGGCAUGGACAGCACCUCUGGACACAGGUUCACCCCCCGGGAGUUCUGAGUGCGCAGGGACGCUGGAACACCCACACCCUGAGUUGGAGGUAACUGGCUGUGAGCAUGGGGCCAGAUCCCCAGCUGGUGUUACCCAGCAAAACUGCCCUGAUGUAAACUGGCCCCCAGGCUCCUUCACACACACAGGAGGGCUGAGAUCACAAACCUUCCUUGGGCACAAACCACUAUUCACUAAGGGAUGGGACUAGCAUAGAAAGGGGCGAAGAAACACCAGAAGAGCUGAGCGAGCCCAGGGCUGGCAUAGCAGGGGGCUAUGGGUUGGGAUUGAGGGGCACUGGCAGAGCUGGAGCCCAGGGCUGAGACAGGUGGGGACUGAGGGACACCAGCAGUGCUGGGGCGGGAGGCAGGAUUCAUCCCUGACCUUUGGGCUCCACUCCCCACUGCAGCACAUUGAUGACCACUGCAUACACUCAUCACCCCUCUGUGUGGAGCUAGACUGAGACACAUGGAUCCACACCCAGCUGGCCCGGUGGCAAGCCCAGGCUGAAGCACUGGAUGGGCCCAAUGGGUGGUGCUAGCUAUGGCCCUGACAUUCGGAGGGGAAGGGGGCACAUGCCCGGGCCUGUCUGCUCCAUGCAGGACAUGGGGACAGAGGGAAAUAAAGAAGAGCUAACACAGAACAGACCUUGGAUCCCAAUGUGCACAGAGUCCUGGGGCUGCAUGCAGGGGUGGUGUACCGUGGCCUGCAGUCACCACCCCAUACCCCCAGGGGAGCGCCAGCCCUUGCCCUUGGCAAAGGCAAGGCUGUGGAGGGGUGGAGCCCUGAGUACCCACCUCUAUCAGCCAGCAAGAGGGGAGGGGAAGGGACACGGGAGGCAACACAAGGGGCUGGGAGCCAGGACUCCUGGGUUCUGUCCCAGCUCAGUCACUGACUCACUGUGUGACCUCAGAGAAAUGUUUUCUCCCUCUCCUGGCCCUUAGUUUCCCCAUCAUAGAGUUCAGGGCAUUCCCAUCCCCGUGGCAGGUGCUUAGUGAGUGACCACUGACAGCAUGCUGUGAAAUCCACUAUGAGGGGCAGUGGCCCCCUCUCCCAUCACUGGGGAGAGGCUCACACAUCGGCUCCUUAAGAGCCAGGCCCAGCCCAGCACACCAGCAGGUCCUGGCUCUGUGCUUGCGCUACCCCAUCCCCUCCCACCUUGAGAGAAGGGACCUUAACACAGACCCUUCCCUGCACCCAUCCUGCGCCACUCACCUGCCCCAGCACCAGAACAUGGCCACCUCUGGGGUGGGCACAGGGGCGGUUUAUAUAGGGCUCCCUCCCCAUCACCCCUUGCAGGGCAAAGGGCCAGUGCUCCAUUCCCUGGCCCUGCUGUCCCAGGAGUCGGGGGGAGCGGGAAUGAACCCACACAGUCUUUCCCCAAGGGCACAGUCCCUGAUCUGGCCCCAAACCAGGGGGCCUGGCUGGGGACUCAGGGCUGUUGGCUCAUAUUUACAGCAAAAGCCUUUUGUGGGUUUUGCAGCAAUCCCCAGCCCCCUCUUCAGGGCCAGGACAAUCCCAGCGUGGGGGGCAGGAUUCAGUGGGGUCACCCCAUGGCCCUGUUACAGCAGGGCACCACAUGGGGCAGCAGCAGUUGGAGGGGAGGAGGCAGCCCAGUAGGGCUCUCCACACUGACAGCAGAGGAGAGUCCAAGUGCCCUGCCGCUGGGCCCUGCCAUGCCAGGAGGCAGCAUGGUCUUGGGGAAGGGUGGGAGGUGCACUGGGCUGGGAUUCAGGACACUGGGGUGCAAUCCCCACCACUGAUUCCCUGCAUGAUGACUCGUGGCUCCUCUGUGGGCCUCAGCUAACAGCCAUCCUACCUCUGCCUGGGAGCUCUUUGGGGCAGGUCUCUUGGUAUGGGGCUGUGCAGCCCCCAGCAUGACAAGGGCUGAUCUCAGGCUGGGGAGAGAGGUGGGAUGUGUGUGCAGCGCCCAGUAGAACGGUGCCUCUGGGCUCCACCUUUGUACAAGCAGCAGCAGCUACAGACAGGGGGCUCAGUGUAAGCCUGGGGGCAUUCUCAGCCAUCCCAGCCCCUCUUUAGCUAUUGUCUGAACACAGCCCGGAGCCCCAGCAGCAGCAGACAUGACAACACACAGGUGCAUCGUUGGGCAGCGCUUGCUCUAAGCAGUGGGAUUGGGGGUGUGGUGGGAGCUUGUGCAGUCAGAUGUCAAGGCCAGAAGGGCCCAUUCAAAUCCUCCAGUCUGACCCCCGGGCUGGAUAAUCCGUCCAGGGAUCCUGCAGCCUGCCCAGAGCUGCUUGUUGAGCUGGAGUGGAGCUUUUAGAGGAAGACACUAGGGCUGCAUUGAGAUUCCAAGCAAGACUCCCUUCCCACCCCACCCUAUUCCUGGGGCACUUGUCAGAAGGGCAGAUCUGCCUCCCUCUUAAACAAUGGUCUAUGAAUGCAUCCAGGCAUCUCUUCGAGGCCCUUGACUCUUGCUCAGCCUCUGUUGGUGACAUUAAUAAGCUCCCUGCUCCAGAACCGCCCCCACCCCACACGGAAGGGCUGAGAGACUGGGGAUCAAGCCCCCUCGAAACCUCGUCUGGGAAAAGCUAACUCCAUGCAGUUCCUGCAGCCUCUCCCUGCAAGACAUUCUCCUUGGGUCACUGUGGGGCUCAUUUCUGCACCCUCUCUGAUUUUUCAACACAUGGCAACGCAUGUGGACGCACUACCUGGACAAGUACGGGGCUCACCAGUACAGAGGCAAAAUCCCCUCCCUACCCAUACUCACUAAUCUCGUUUACACAGCCAAGAGGAUCACUAGCCAGUUUCUAGCCCCUUUCAUAGGGGUGCAUUGAUUUUGUCCAGCCCUAGGCGUUUCGUCAGACUACCGUGAGGUACCAAGUCAGAUGCCUUGCAGAGUCCCAACCAGUUGUAUCAAGGCAGUUACCGUCAGCGACCAAGCUGUGAUCUCAUCCAAUCAUGACGCCAGACUCGUCUGACAGACUGACCGCCCGGGAAGUCAUCACCGGCAUCAGUUACAACACUCAUCCCUUGCAGCACAGGUCUGAGGCGCUACCCCAUUUGGGGAGAGCAGGGAAGGCCUCCGAGAUGCCCUUCUUCUAAAGCCACCAGGGCCAGCUGCCCCCAGGGGCUACUCCCAGCCUGAACCAUUCCUUUCCACAGGCAUUCAAAUGAAAGACAACCCCUUGUGAUUCACGAGUGCCCCAUGCCCAGCCUGGCUGCCCUGAUUGGGCCCAGAACCCCAACACAAAGUUCAGUAGAGCAAUAUUUCUCUGUUCCCCCCGCAAACGAGGAGGAGCAUGCUUCAACUGCAGAGAGCUCAAGAGCCAGUAGAGGGACUGAGCCCCACAAGAGACUCAACCCUCAAGGGUUCCGUGCCCACAACUGCGUCUCCCAAACAUGCCUGGGAAGGCUGGAUCUCUUCCUGCCCACAAACACCAUGCCCCUGGUAACAGGCGUAAAAGGAAAUCCUUUCAGAAGCUGGGGUGCUGCCCUGACAUCUGCAUCCAGCCAACAAAUGGGAGGGGGCUAAAGACCCCGUACUGCAGGAUUUGAACCACAGAUCCGGCAGCCUUAAGCAGCCCAGAGUGAGAGCGGCUAACCCUGUUCCCACAUUGUGAGUAGCCACAGGGGGCAGCAGGAACCUCACCAGGGGAUUAUUUUGGAGCAUGGCUGUCCCAGAAGCACCCGCUGCCCUUGCAGCGAACCUCAUUACCCCACACCACUGAUUAAAUAUAGCAACCAUCCACAGCAUAGCAGCCCCCCCAGAUCACACAGCCAGUGAGGGGCCUGGCCUACCUGCCCG